AUGGGUAGACCUAGAAGAUACAGUGAUGCUACGUUAGUAAACGAAAACGAUUCGAUUGUACAACAACAACCUCUUGCUGAUAAUGAUAGACCCGAACUAUAUAGAACUUUAUCAGAAACACCAACAAUAGUACCUAACGUACCAUCAUCUUCUCAGCCAAUAAAAAUCAGAGCGCUUCCAUUUGUAACAUUAUUAAUGAAACAAGGACUUUUCUGUUUUACAAGUGAAGCAUCAUUACAAAAAUAUAAAAAUAACAAAAGGAAUUUAGAAUUAUUUGAAAUUGACCCUUUAACUAAAGAAUUGGUAGGAUGUCCCAUUUUCCAAUGUGUUUCGAUAAGUAUUUUGAAGGGUAUAUGGUCUAAGUCUCCUUAUAUUAUGAAAAUAUAUAAAUAUAUUACAUCUGAGGAAAAACUACAUGAAACAAGCGAAACUAAGCAUGAACUAGUUGGAUUUAAUGCUGAAUUAAACCUUUAUCUUUUUAGGAUUGAGUACUGUUCGGUUUCGCAGGAUUCCAGUACUAAUAAAAGCGGUCAUUCGAUCUCACGUACGUUGCAUUUCCAUAGACCAGAUCCUAACACUGGCCAUUUAUAUACGGCAACUUUGAUAAACAAACUACUUCAUAGAUACACUGAUGUAAAAAUCUCUUAUAAACCAAAUUUAUAUUUAAGAUGGUACGGUACUUCUGGUUUUGCAAGUGUUUUCGGAUCAUUAAAUUUUAAGUUGGCUAUAGUGAAUCAAGAAGGGAAUGCCAGAGUAGGAACAUGGGCGUCCUUUAGUGAUACCAAUGCCACUAUAUUAAGACCUAAAAGAAUAAUGAAAGAAGGUAUACUAUUAGUAGGAGAACCAGAGCAGGAUACUAAUAUCCGUAACAGCGAUGCUGGGACAUCGGAAUUGUCUAAAAAUACGGAGGUUGUUUGUUGUAUGUGCUUAGUAAUAUUUGAAUUUGAAUCAAGGAAGGAAACCAGGAGACAUGGCAGAGAUAAUGCUAUGUUUAUGUCAAUGGGUUCGGGCCCUUUAUUGUUCUAA